GCGGGGAGGCCUUAGCUAACGAGGGAAAGGAGAGGGGGUUGGCCAGUCCUCUCUAACAGGGACUGGGACGCACUGACAACAGCUCUGACCUCAACCCGCAGCAAUCCCCCAGCCCGCUUCGGGCCGACUGGGCCACGCCCGCGGAGGGCGGGGCCACACGCGCAAGUCUCGCGAGGUGCUGAGAAGGACAAAGGGAGCGAAAAAUGGCCCCUCGCGGGCCGGCCGGUCCUUCGAGCCUGGUGCCUUGGGCAGCGGCCGUGCUCCUUGUUGUGGGCGUGGAAAGGGCCCCGGCGCUACCCGAGAUAUGCGUCCAGUGUCCAGGGAGUGUGCGAAAUUUGUCAGAAGUGGCACUUUAUUGUAAGCAGACACCAGAGCUAAUGCUGCAGGCCCGCUGCUGCCUGAAUCAGAAGGGCACCAUCCUGGGGCUGGAUCUCCAGAACUGUUCUCUGAAGGACCCUGGUCCAGACUUUCCUCAGGCACAUACUGCUGUCAUCAUAGACCUGCAAGCAAACCCCCUCAGGGAUGACUUGGCCAACAUUUUCCGUGGCUAUACCCAGCUCCAGACUCUGAUACUGCCGCAAGAUGUCAGCUGUCCUGGCGGUAUUAACGCCUGGGAUACUGUCACCUUUUAUAUAAACAACCAAACCUGUCAAGGACAAAAGAACCUUUGCAACAGCACGGGGGACCAAGAAAUGUGUCCUGAGAACGGAUCUUGUGUACCUGAUGGCCCAGGUCUCUUGCAAUGUGUCUGUGCUGACGGCUUCCAUGGCUACAAAUGUAUGCGCCAGGGCUCCUUCUCACUGCUUAUGUUCUUCGGUAUUCUGGGAUCCACUACGUUAUCCGUCUCCAUUCUGCUUUGGGGCACCCAACGCCGAAAAGCCAAGGCUUGGUGAACUGCAUAGGUCUUCCUGCUGACUUAAAGAUUAUCUUGAUCUCACUUAGCCCAGCCAGGGAGACAGUCAUGGUUGGCCAGCAGGCCCCCCUCGAGGAUGAAGCGGCCAUUUGGCAGGAAGAUGGGAAGUUGCAUAGCUUUGGGGUGUUGUGGACAUUGCAGUCCAGGAGUGGACAAGGACCAGUGCCCCAUUUGUGCUUGACUAUAAUAAACAUCUUUACUUGUCGUUCUUUU